UCCCAACCCUGGAAACACGUGGAGGCUUCUGUCAACAUGUCAGAACGGUGCCGCUUGAGCCUGAAUGUCCGCUUAAGUGUGGUUCUCUUCUUUGCUUUGUUCUUCGGCGCACUUGGAGUUCUGUCCACGCUCUUUUCUUGUGCGACUGACUACUGGCUGCUGGGUUCUGCCGUGCUCUGCCGUCCAAGAAGUGGAUCAAUCCAGACAGAGGUAGUGUGCAGCAUACUUUUGGACCAGGAGUUCCCAACUGUAGUCACCCUAGAACCUGCAUUUUCCUAUUGUUGCAAAGUUGUGACCCAGGUUUAUAAAAAUGCCGUGGACAACACACUCUUCCACGAGGGUCUGUUCUGGCGCUGCUCCUUCCCAGCAACAUCUCCUAAAUACAAUCUUUGGGAUGUUUGGAUCUUAAAAGCACCACAUGUCAAAGUGUGCCAGUCUGCUUUCCUCUUCCCGUUUCCUGCCAAGGACCCGUUUUGGGUAAAUUCAGGGGAGUCACCUGCAGAACCCUAUGAGCAUCACGCCGCCAUUGUUUUCAGAACUUUUUGGAGCAUCUUCCUCAUCACGGGUGUGGCCACUGUGUUCACUGGUGGGCUCUUAGUUAUCUGUACUGCCUCUCUGUCCAACUACACGCUCUACAAAGUAGGUGGAAUCCUUCUCCUUUGCGGUGGUGUGUGUCUAUUGGCUGUGGUGUUAAUGUUUCUGGUAUGGGUCCAAGUGUUGGACACUCUGGAGGAGUUUGCUGAAGGGCAGCUUGUGAGUGGCUGCGGGUCCUUCCACUUGAGCAUUCAGCACGGACUGUCGUUCUUUCUGGCUCCCGUGGCCUCCUUCUUUAGCAUGCUGUCCGGCCUGCUCUUCAUCAUCAUUGCGCAGUGCGCUCGCUCUCCCAGGCCACAGCACGGAGACAAGAUGCCCUAGCUGCCGGAGCUCCAAACUGACUUGUGACUUGUGACUUUCAGGAUCUCAAUUUGUCGUGCUAAAAGAAACUCAUCACCAGAUGGUUUAAAGAGGGGCAAGUCAAGACAAAUAUUUCCCCAUUAAUAGCAGAAGGUCACUCAAGUCCAAUCAAGAGUAAAGAGUGGUCUGGCUUAAGUACUGCCCACUAUUCCUUUUCCAUGCACAUAUAGUAUGUUACGAGUCGAACAAGAACAUCCUCAGAAUUAUUGUCUUUUUCAAAUUGUAAAUUACAGAUCCUUUCCCCCCAAAUGUUUUUGCCCAUUUUGGCAAUCAUAAAGUAAUGAUCAAUAAUCAAUCAAUGAGUAAGAGAAAAGGGAAAGUGUAUUUUUUUGUUUCAAUCACAUAAAAAAAAACCACAUCUCCUAGCAACUGUCCAUAUGUUAUAACCUGAGUCAUUGAGGUGUCUGCUUGAUUAAGGCCCUAAAUACAUUAUGAUCCAAUUUUUGAAAAAUAUCUCUUGAUUGAAUUAAUUUAUACUUUAUACAUAUUUCUGCAAGAACAUGUACAAAUGUUUUGGAAACUCGGUCAGUACUCAAGAAUUUUUCUCGGGAGAUGUUAUCUUUGUCCCAUAAAAAAAAACACAGCUAUUUUAUACUACAACAUGUAAAAUAUUACCAUUGCAAGGUAAUCAUCAGCCAUCCAUCCAUUUCCUUAUUCGCUUAUCCUCACAAGGGUCGCAGGGAUUGCUGGAGCCUAUCCCAGCUGGUUGCCAGCCAAUCGCAGGGCACAUUGACUCAAACAACCACACUCACAAUCACACCUAGGGGCAAUUUAGAGUGUCCAAUUCAUUUUGUAUGUUUUUCUGAGGAUGUGGGAGGAAACUGGAGUGCCCAGAGAAAGCCCACGCAGGCACGAGGAGAACAUGCAAACACCACACAGGCGGGUCUGGGAUUGAACCCAGGACCUCAGAACUGUGAGGCCAACACUUUACCAGCUGAUCCACUGUGCUACCCACUCGUCAGCCAUCAUUCCCACAAUUCUUCUUGAU